UAAUUCAUUAGUGUCUUCUCAUUCAUUCGUUGCAGAGUGAUAUUAGUUCAUUAGUGUCUUCUCAUUCGUUGCAGGGUGACAUUAACAUGCAGAUUGGUGGCUUGUUUGGUGCUACCCUGUUCGUGUCCACCAUUGGACUGGCGCUAGUGCUUGUUCAGAGUUCGGAAGUGCCCGUGUACAUCGGUCACUACGACGUCGAAGAGAACCGGUUGCUAGGCAACAUGAGCAACUCUGAAACCGACAGCGAUUGCGAAGGGGGUGUGGGCAAGCAAGCGACCAGAGGGGGUCUUCUGGGGGUGUCGCUGGGGUCGUUCUCGCGUGAUGUGGUGACGUACCUGGCUGGUCUGAGUGCGCUCUUGGUCAUGGGCCUGCGUGGGCGUGUGCGUCUUUCACAGGGCGUGGCUCUGCUGUGUGUGUACGUGGUGUACGUGUUGGUUGUGGUGGCCACUGACUGGUGCCGGCAGUCGCGUCGCAGCCGUCGCAUAGCCAAGCAGCUCAUACAGCAACGCCUGUCCGUGUCUCUGCGGAGAAACUCGGUGUUCAGCGAACACUCACAGCGGUCGCAUAGUGCGGAUGAUGAGUUGGGGUCGUAUAUGGGCGUGGGUGUGUACAACCCGUCUGGCCUGUACUCGGACGAUGACGUGGACUUCUUCUACGCAGACGACUGUGAGGGCGAUGGCUUUGCGCCGAGGGUUGGUGGUGGUAGUGGCCACGUGCACAGCCCCAGCCUUCAGCCCACUGACACGUUGUUAGGGCAGUUCCGUGGACUGGACCGUUGUCCUAGAGAUGCGGUGGGCCAUGACCCUAUUGCGGUGGAGCGGUAUGCGUCCUGCCCCGCGUCUCAGCCCAGCGCAGGUGGAGUGUCUGUGGCACACCCACCCACACCCUCUGGCCAGGCACCGCAUUCUCCUUCGGAUUUGAUUCACUUCGACGAUGAUGAGGUGACGUGGCCUAGCGCAGCGCUUGAGGACAACCGGUCCCGGAAUAACAUGGACAGGUGCAGUCCACAAACGAGGAACAGUGACCCUGACAGGACACUUGCGCCGUACGAUCGGAGUGUACUGAAGACGCAAAGGUCAGCCCCCGAUGCACAGUCGCACUGGCCGUCACAGGACAACGCGACAGACGACCACGCACGCGAGUGGGCAGGUGUGGGCAUAGAGAUGACGCUGGAGCCAACCACCAGUCCAUAUCAGCACCACCGACGCAGCGGAGAGCACCUGUAUAACAAUAGGUAUAGGGACAAGGGCAAGAACCACACCUACCCCCCCAAACACGCACGUGCGACGAGAGAGAGUAAAACCCUGAACCCUAAAAACCUGUCCCAUUCCUCGGAUUCGUCGGAUCUGUCGCCGGUGGAUGUUCAGGCGGAGGACAUACGUCACGCGUCACGGAGGGAGGCCUCGGAAUCUUCUGUAACGUCACCGUUGCCAUGGCAACACAGAGUCACACACCAAAGCACCAGGCAGUGGGCUGUAGUAGCAUCUGACACACAUCAAUUGCACAGCGAUGAUAUCAAUUCGAAGGACAGGGCGGAUGGAGAUGGGCCCUCCACCACGGAGAGUAACCUAUUACGCAUGCACGUGGACGAUAUUCUCAUGGCCCAUUCAGCCGACACACCUCGGUUACAGCCACGAGCGGUGGUAGCAGACAGCGAUGUGCCGUCAGCCUCAGAGGCACCAGCGUACACAGAUAAUGCGCAUUCACGGAUGGUGAUUAAUCUGCCGAAGCGAAAGGAAUCGGAUGCACAUACGAACUCACGGCCACCUGCGCACACACACCGCAGCAUCCCAAUCAUCAGAGUAGCAUCGCCAGAGACAUCCAGCGAGCAGUACCACAAACCUCACGCCGAGAGGAAGACGCGGUCGCUUUAUGCUGAGGACAUAGACACACUCGUGCACAUUGCUCUGCCCACCCCUCACACCCCCACGGCACACCGACGGCACACCGGUGCUGCAACCCACACUACGUUGCCUGUGACCAGAGCCCAAAGCCUGGGCCCACAUCGACACGCAACUAGAGACACGACCACUCGCGCUGUACUAGACAUACAGGAAGAAGAUGGACUACAGGAGGCACGCACGCCACAACGCGUCAUGUCACCCAUCAUGAUGGGCAAGGCGCUGGAGUCGGGCCUUUCCAGUGUGUGGGCGGGGCCCUUUAUGGAGUCUUUUGUGCAGUUGCCGGGGGUGUGCUGGCCUAGUUUGGAGGCACCCAACUACGAGAGAGUGCAGCUGAUGGUGGAGAUGCCCUUCACGCUCAUCCGGUGGCUCAGUAUUCCCUACUGCGACUUUCAAGACGACGACGACGACGACGACGACACCUCUACUGCACAUGAGCCAUCUCUUAACACCCACACUCACACCAACACAUCCGCCAGCACAGCCGCGUAUAGUCGGGUGGGCCAAGCGGCCGCAGACGGCAGUGAUGGCGACUCAGACUCAGAGACGUCGGAGCGGAUUGUGUUUGUUGAUAGCGAGGGAGCAACGGAGUACCAGAGGUGGAACUGUGCCAAGCAGGUGCUGUCGUACAUCUCGCCCGUCGGCAUGUCGCUGGUAGUGGGGGUGGCGUCCUUUGGGCCGUGGGGCCUAGUUCACACGAAGGUAUUGCGUGUGGUUCCGACGGGUGUGAUAUGUGUGGGUGUGGGGGCGUUGGUGUCUGGCUGGCUGUACGUAUCUACUCGGCGCAGAGGUAUGCGGGUCGAAUGCCAUUGUAAGCGUGCUAUAAGCGCACUCGCCACCACCACAGCCGAUAGUAUGUACCCCACAAGGAACACGCACACCCCACACAAUAGCAAUCUGCUGUCAGUCUCCAGCCACUCUACGGGUUAUACAGGGCAGGCACGAGAACAGACCACGGCUGCGCGUAGUAUGGAAGAUAGGCACGUGUGCAUGUAUCCUCCACCCCCACCCACCCACAUCAACACCGUGUUGUCGUUGCUAGGCUUCUUAUCCUCGGUCGCGUGGAUAUCGCUCAUAGGCAAUGAGGUGGUGGCCAUUCUAACCGCGUUGGGGCUGACGCUGCAUCUGAGCACAUCUGUGCUGAGUUUGUCCGUGUUAGCGAUCGGUAAUUCUACAGGCGAUCUGGUGAGUGCCCUGGCCGUGGCUCGCAAAGGCUUGUACUCCAUGGCAUUGGGUGCAAUCUUUGGCGGACCCUUGUUUCACGACUGUGUGGGCCUGGGUGUCAGUUUAGUGUCCACGUGUUUGAGUUCACCCAAUUACGAGUAUUACUUCCAAAUCAACACGCAGUCGAGCGUCGCUGCGAUUUUUGUAGCUUUAAGUAUGGUGUCAUCGCUAGUGGCGGUGCCGUUGCUACGGUACUUUCACACGAAGAAAAUGGCUUAUGCCAUCUAUCUCGUGUGCCUGUAUCUUCUAUUCAUUAUUGUCAUCGUCUACACUACCUUCGAGUGAUCACAUUGCGCUUGUUCCAGAUCAUUAAAGCGUCGCUGAAUAGCAUACAAUUUAAUUAGGCGCGCAGAAGUGAUGAUCAAUGCAGGCGAGUCUGUGGACUAUUUGCUGAGUUUUAGUCUUGCAUAUCAGCAGUAUGGAUUGGGUUAGGGUAGCAUCUCCCGGUGAGUAGGCUCGAAUCGUCGACUUUAAUUUCGAAUCACGGCCUCUGGAUGAAGACGCAGAGGAGAACAAUGGGAGUGAUGCACGUAGAUGAAAAGUGGAAAAACCAAGAGCUUUCCGCAGGGUGCAGUGGCGUAAUUGCGAGUCAUGUGUAGGGUUUAAAAGUUUUACUUGCAGAAAUGUAGGUAGGUCGAGAAUUUUCCAUGGGUAGUCCAAUAUGCGUUUAUUUAGAUUAAAAUUGUUCAUGAUUCGGAGAAACGAGG